AUGAAGAUUUUUUUCUCGGGUGUUGUUUUCAGAUAUAUAAAUGAAAGAGAUAAAAGAAUUGCAAUAAAAAAUGAGAGAGAGGGGCAAUUGAAAACAGAUUUCGGAUUGCUUCCUGAGCAAUAG